GCGUUGUGGUACGUUCACUUCCGGUGGGAGAGGGGGGCUCUCGGUGUGAACGCCCCCCUUCAAACAAAGGGCAGGAUACAAAAACAAAGCCCGGAAGCCUGACAUUUGCCCGACGUUUACCUCAGCUGUGGCCAAACAAGUUUCCAAUCCACCAUGGCUUUUUUUUCUGCCAUGAAAGAAAAAAAACAACUACUUCUGGGAGUGAUGUUCUGACUCCGCUUGUCCAGAUAGACUGUUUACCCUUCGUGUAAAAACUUGCGCCUCCUGCGCGGAGCCAGGGUUCUUUUCCAUGGACGGAGGUCCGGGCGCAGGGCCGGGAGGAGGCCGGGGAGGAGGCCCGGGAAGCGGGAGCGGGGUCUUGGCCGCGGAGGGGCUGCCUCCGCUGCCCAAGAGCCUGGGCAGCAUCCUGAGCUCCAGCGGCGGCUCGUGGCGGGACACGGAAAAGGUGCACAGCAAGAGGGCCCGCAUCCAGGCGGAAAUCAGCGGCAGGGGGGACCGGGAGCUCGCGGCCAAGCCCAGGAGUCUGGACGCGGCUCUGGCCCUGCUGCGCAAAGAAAUGGUGGGUCUGCGACAGCUAGACAUGUCUCUGCUUUGCCAGCUGUGGUCUCUCCACGAGGCCAUUCAGGAAUGCAAGGGCGAGGCCUCCUUCACUGCUGAUAACGGAUACUCCGAGGAGGAAGAGGAGGAGGACGAACCGGAGGAGAAAGACGAUGAGGAGGCCAAUAUCCUCUCACAGCCUUCUCCCAAAGACUCCUUUAAUGCUGACGGAUGAAGACAGACGCUAUUCAGCGUAUACCCUGCCGAUACACACUGACUUUAGGUCGUUUUUGUAUUGGCUUUCGCACUAAAAAGAGCUGCCCGCCUUCUUUGUGACAUCAGUGCCUGCUUUGUCGAUAUCAGCGCGCUUCUGCCCGACGCCUUCAAACACAAAAACACGUUCUAUAACACUUUUCUUCGAUGCUCUUCUGUAACUUUUAAGCACUCACACGUGUGGCCUUUUUUUUUUUUUUUUUUACAAGUUUUUGCUGAACUGUAUCAGGUGCAGACUCGGAUCCAGACCAGGUGGGUUUCAUCAGCUCUGGACGUUGUAAAAGUCUGUUUUCCUCAUUCCGCCCGGAGCGGGGAGUGAUUAAACGUUUCUGAUCUCCAGAUAAAAAGUGAUUUAUGGCAGAAGUUGCAUCAUUUUGGCACUCUGACAAUUUUCCUCGAGCUUGCACAAAAGGAAUUUUUCUCCGUGCAAAUCCAGUUUACACAGAGAAGCAUAGACAGCCGACAGCUUUGCUUAUCUGUAAUGUGUCAUUUGGUGCUAUGAAAUUAUACAAAAUGAUGGCAUGAUUUAUGAAC